AUGGAAAGAGAAGAAAGGUUCUUGGAGAUUUGCAAAGGGAUUCGAAGUUUGGAUGGGGAGAGUGUGAAUUCAACGAUUGAAUUCAUAGAGACUCCAUGUGCUAAGGAGUAAAGGGAUAUUGUGAGGAAAUUGUUGAGGAAGGGAUAUAACAAUGCUCAAAUUUAUUCUGAGGUGAAUAGAGUAUUUGGAACGCAUUCGAUUUUGAAAGUGUAUUGUUGGGAUGUGUAGGACCCGAAGAAGUAUUUGGGAAUGAGCAUUGUGGGAUUGAGUCUUGGUUUUGGAAUUGCAAUUUUGAGGAAAGCAAUAAGGAAAUGA